AUGGUUUGGUUCAUUCUCCUGCUCUCCAUCCUGCAUGGAGCGGUCAGUCAGCUGCACUACUCCGUGCCAGAGGAGCAGGAGCCCGGCUCCGUGGUUGGGAAUAUCGCAGAGGAUUUGGGGCUUGACAUUACCAAACUUUCCGCUCGCCGCUUUCAGACGGUGCCUAGCUCACGGACACCUUAUCUGGAGGUGAACUUGGAGAACGGUGCGCUGGUGGUGAAGGAGAAGAUCGACCGAGAAGAGAUCUGCAAGCAGACCAUCCCGUGCCUACUGCACCUGGAGGUGUUCCUGGAGAACCCGCUGGAGCUGUUUCGAGUGGAAAUCGAGGUGAUGGACAUCAACGACAACCCACCCAGCUUCCCAGAGACGGACAUCUCGGUGGAGAUCUCUGAGAGCGCCGUCCCGGGGACACGCUUCCCGGUGGAGAACGCCUUCGACCCCGACGUGGGCUCCAACGCGCUCAGCACGUACGCCAUAACGAACAACAACUACUUCUACCUGGACGUGCAGACACAGAGCGACGGGAACAAGUUCGCAGAGCUGGUGCUGGAGAAGCCUCUGGACCGGGAGCAGCAGGCGGUGCACCGGUACGUGCUGACGGCCGUGGACGGAGGCACCCCGCAGCGCACCGGGACGGCUCUGCUGGUCGUGAAGGUUCUGGACUCCAAUGAUAACGCACCCACCUUUGACCAGUCCGUGUACUCCGUCAACCUGCUGGAGAACUCACCUGUGGGAACCCUCAUCAUCCAGCUCAACGCCACCGAUGUAGACGAGGGACAGAACGGAGAGAUAGUUUACUCAUUCAGCAAUCACAACGCACCCCGGAUAAAGGACUUAUUCAACAUCGACGCCAGGACAGGUAGGAUCGAGGUGGCAGGUGAGGUGGACUUUGAGGAGAGCAACACGCAUCAGAUCUAUGUGCAGGCUAAAGACCUGGGGGCCAACGCGGUGCCUGCGCACUGCAAGGUGCUGGUCAAGCUCAUGGACGUGAACGACAACACACCUGAGAUCGGGUUCAGCACCGUGACCGAGUCCGUGAGCGAGCAGGACGCGCCGGGCACCGUGAUCGCUCUGUUCAGCGUCUCGGACCGGGACUCCGGGGAGAACGGACACAUGGGCUGUGAGAUAUUAGGAGACGUGCCUUUCAAGCUGAAAUCGUCUUUUAAGAACUACUACACCAUCGUGACGGACGGGCCUCUGGACAGGGAGAACACGGACUCCUACACGGUCACAGUGGUGGCCAAAGACAAGGGUCAGCCGUCUCUGGCCACCAGCAAGUCCAUCAAGGUGCACGUGUCCGACGAGAACGACAACGCGCCGCGCUUCUCGCAGGCUGCGUAUGAUGUGUAUGUGACUGAGAACAACGUGCCAGGUGCUUUCAUCCACGCAGUGAGCGCCUUGGACCCCGAUGUGGGACAAAACGCUCUUAUUACUUACUCCAUAUUGGAGUGUGACAUCCAGGGCAUGUCCGUGGACACGUACGUCUCCAUCAACCAGGACACCGGGUACCUUUACGCACUGCGCUCCUUCGACUACGAGCAGCUGAAGGAGUUCAGCUUCAUGGUCCAGGCGAAAGACUCUGGAGCAGCCGAGCUCUUCUCCAACGCCACAGUGAAUGUCAUCAUAGUGGACCAGAACGACAACGCUCCCACUGUCAUCGCCCCCAUCGGGAAGAACGGCACCGCCAAGGAGCACCUGCCUCGCUCCGCAGAGCCGGGGUACCUGGUGACGCGCAUCGUGGCCAUGGAUGCGGACGAUGGCGAGAACGCACGGCUGUCCUACAGCAUCCUGCGGGGCAACGAGGUGGGGAUGUUCCGGAUGGACUGGAGGACAGGGGAGCUGAGGACGGCCCGGAGGAUCUCCCCCAAGAGGGACCCGCAGGGCUUCUACGACCUGCUGAUCGAGGUGAGGGACCACGGGCAGCCUCCUCUCUCCUCCUCUGCCAGUGUGUGCGUGAUGCUGGUGGACAGCGUGGUCGAGGGCCGCAGUGGGGAUCGAGGCUCGGCGUCCAAGGCCAAGGAGACCUCCCUUGACCUCACCCUGAUCCUCAUCAUCGCCCUGGGCUCCGUGUCCUUCAUCUUCCUCCUGGCUAUGAUCGUGCUGGCCGUGCGCUGCCAGAAGGACAAGAAGCUGAACCUGUACACCUGUCUGAUGGCCGGGGAGUGCUGCCUGUGCUGCGGCUCCUGCUGCAGCAGGCAGGCCCGGGGUCGCAAACAGAAGAAGCUGAGCAAAUCUGACAUCAUGUUGGUUCAGAGCACCAACGUGACGUCAGGGGUCGGGCCCGUCGGACAGGUGCCCGUGGAGGAGUCUGGUGUGGGCGGCGUGGGGGGGGGCUUCGGCUCCCACCACCACCAGAACCAGAACUCCUACUGCUACCAGGUGUGUCUGACACCUGAGUCCGCCAAGACGGACCUGAUGUUCCUCAAGCCGUGCAGCCCCUCCCGCAGCACCGACACGGACCACACCAACCCCUGCGGCGCCAUAGUCACCGGCUACAGUGACCAGCAACCGGACAUCAUAUCCAACGGCAGCAUCCUCUCCAACGAGAUAAAACACCAACGGGCAGAACUCGGCUAUCUGGUGGACAGACCCAGACGUGUCAACAGUUCGGCUUUCCAAGAGGCAGACAUCGUCAGCUCCAAAGACAGUGGUCACGGUGACAGCGAACAGGGCGACAGUGACCACGAUGCCACCAACCGGGGUCAUUCAGCCGGCGCUGACCUGUUCUCCAACUGCACGGAGGAGUGCAAGGCCCUGGGCCACUCCGACCGCUGCUGGAUGCCCUCCUUUGUGCCAUCCGACGGGCGCCAGGGGCCGGACUACCGCAGCAACCUGCACGUCCCCGGCAUGGACGCCACCCUGCCCGACACUGAGGUACCCUCCUCCGUCAACCUGUCCGACCAACUGACCAUGACCACGUCCACCGCCUCGUCCAACGAUAGGUCAUUCUCCACCUUUGGCAAGGAUGGUCAAAGGUCACAGUCACACCACAGCCUUCACCAUCACCUCCAUCAGCAACAGCAGCAGUACAGCUCCAGCACGCUAGAGAGGAAAGAGUAUGAUAGGGGGACCCUACCGUACAAACCUACCUUUCUCUGUGAGUAUCAGUAUGAAAGUUCACUGGGACCCUAUGACUUCGGUCUGGUCCAGUACAGAUACUAG